AAGUGGGAGAGAGAGCGGGUACCUCCUCUCAUCCCCAGCUGUACUCCUCUGAGCCAGGGACCUGCGGGGUCCGAGGACAACUGGCGCCCGCAGGCACCCCGUGCCCGAUGCCAGUUCGCCCUUUUGACUUUUUCCAACGAGAGAACGACGCUGCUUGCCCCUACACACCCUCCUCCCCCCGCGCCAGCAGGGCAGGCUAGCAGCGCGGGGCAGCGCUCCCCAUCCCGGCGCAGAAGGCUCCGUGGCCCCGCACGCCACGUCGGGACACCCGCACUCGGGGGCGCGGCGUGCUGCGGCCCGCUCCCAGCACCGCCCCGGGGGUCGCGCCGCCGCGGCCGCCCGCGCUGCCGGGGAAGCGAGGCCCGUCGCCGCCGGCGUCUCGGCGGGAUUCGGAGCGGGCACUCCCCGCCGCUGGUUUAUGUAACUCGCCACCGAAGCCGGUUAUAAAACGCGGGGAGCGCAGAUCCGCCGGCAGAGCCUCGCUGCCGCCUUGACGCCGCGGCGGCCGGGAGGAAUACAAACUACGUCUCCAUCAGUUACUGCAACAGAAGGGGAAGCAGCCUCUUGGCCAAAGAGCUCUACUGCUGUGACUAGUAGCUUUUUGUCUUAACAGAUGGGAAGUGCUCAAAACAACAAGUGACCUCAAAAAACUACAUGCAGUGGAGCUUGACCUGUGUAACGUGGACGUGAUGGCAGACAUGUUUGAUCACAGUGUUAUUUCUGUUGGAGAAGAAGAAGGACCAGGCAAUUUCCAACGUUCUUUUCCAACACAAGAGUCACUCCGAUCCCCUCGGGGCUCUGUUGUGAGUUUCCAUAACAUCCAGUACUCUGUGAAGCAGUCCAGUGGAUUCCUAUGCAAACGGAAAACUGUGGAAAAGAAGAUCCUUCAUAAUGUUUAUGGCAUUAUGAAGCCAGGCUUGAAUGCUAUCCUGGGGCCAACAGGGAGUGGUAAAUCUUCUCUCUUAGAUGUGCUGGCUGCCAGAAAGGACCCAGCAGGCCUGUCUGGAGAAGUGCUUAUAGAUGGCAUCCCUCAACCUCCAAAUUUCAAGUGCAUCUCAGGAUAUGUUGUGCAGGAUGAUGUUGUCAUGGGCACAAUGACAGUGAGAGAGAACCUGCAUUUCUCUGCUGCCCUGAGACUACCCAGCUCCAUCAGUGUUAAAGAGAAAGAAGAGCGAGUCACCCAGAUAAUCAGCGAGCUGGGAUUAAGCAAAGUGGCUGAUGCUAAGGUAGGAACUGAAUUGAUCCGAGGAGUGUCUGGAGGGGAACGGAAGAGAACCAACAUUGGGAUGGAGCUCAUCACAGAGCCACCAGUACUUUUUCUGGACGAGCCAACAACUGGCCUUGAUGCCAGCACGGCCAAUGCAGUCCUCAUCCUCCUGAAGAAGCUCUCAAGAAGAGGGCGAACCAUCAUAUUUUCCAUCCAUCAGCCCCGCUAUUCAAUAUUCAAGCUGUUUGACAGCCUGACAUUACUAGCUUUGGGGAAGGUGGUGUAUCAUGGUCCUGCAAAGCAGGCCCUGGAGUACUUCAGUUCUAUUGGAUAUGAAUGUGAACCCUUCAACAAUCCAGCUGAUUUCUUCCUUGAUAUCAUAAAUGGUGAUUCAACUGCUGUGUCAGCAAGCAAGGAAGACCACAGACCUGUGGACACAGGAAAAGAGGGGAGCAGUGAAAAUGGAGUGGCAGAAGAUAACGUGGACAGCAGUGUGGUAUAUGUGCUGCACCAGAAAUACCUCAACUCCAGUCUGUAUCAGAGCACAAAGGAAUCACUGGGGAAAAUGGAACUUGGACAAGGAAGCAAGCAGAGAAAACCCAAGCAGGAGCAUGAGAUUACCUAUGCAAAUGGAUUCCUCACACAGCUAUACUGGGUGUCCAAGCGUUCCCUGAAAAACCUCAUCAGGAACCCACAGGCCUCUGUUGCACAAAUUGCAGUGACCACCAUUCUAUCCUUGGUUGUGGGUGCUAUCUUUUUUGGUGUAAAAUUGGAUCGAAGUGGCAUUCAGAAUCGGGUUGGAUCCUUGUUUUUUGUCACCACAAACCAGUGCUUUUCUAGUGUCUCUGCAGUUGAGCUGUUCAUUAGAGACAAGAAACUAUUUGUCCAUCAGUACACCAGUGGGUAUUACCGUGUGUCUGCCUACUUCCUGGCCUUGAUGAUAGGAGAUCUGCUGCCCAUGAGAACUGCUCCAGCCAUCAUAUUUUCAUGCAUCAGUUACUGGAUGAUUGGAUACCAAGCUGUUGCAGGCAGGUUCUUCUUCUUCAUGCUGACCCUGGUUCUGGUGUCCUACACUGCCACAGCCAUGUCUCUGGCUAUCAGUGCUGGUAUGGAUGUGGUGGCUGUGGCCAAUCUGCUCAUCACUAUUUGUUUUGUCCUGAUGCUUAUCUUUUCAGGCCUCUUAGUAAACCUCCCUUCUAUAAUGGGCUGGCUGAACUGGCUCCAGUACCUCAGCAUCCCCCGAUACGGCCUCACUGCUCUUCAGGUGAAUGAGUUCAAAGAUCUCUACUUCUGUGGUGAGAAGAAUCCAAAUGCUACAGCGCCUGUGGGAGACGCAGGCAGUUGUUCCCCUGAUACUUCAGGAGAAAUGUGUUCUGGUGAAGCAUACCUGUGCAGCCAAGGAAUCACACCUACCAGCUGGGCAAUGUGGGAAAAUGUAGUGGCUCUCUUCUGCAUGACUGUUAUCUUUCUUAUCAUUGCCUAUGCAAAAAUCCGGUUUAUGAGAAAGUUCACUUAGUCUCCUAUAUUUGUCUUGCUCUGUUGCUUCUCCAGUCUUAAAACUGCAAAGCUUGUUAGGCCCUGCUGGAGACUGACAGCAGAUUUCAAGUGACUUUACUGGACUUGAUGGAAACCCUGUCCCCUUGUUUCUGGAGCAUGAUCUGCACAUGAUUGUAUGAUUUGCAUUUUUAAGAAGAAAUGCAUUCAUGUAUAUUGUGCAAGAAACUUUUUCUAAGCUAAUAUAAUUCUCAUAAUUCCUUAUAUAUCAAACUAUAUAUUAUAAAGUAUUAUAAAAAUAUUAUUCUUAUGUCACCAACUUAUACAAGGAAUAUUCAAAGGAAAGCAUUUGUCUUUCAACAUCUGAGCUUCUCCAUCACAAAUGGCAUAAGGCGAUGAGGAUAUUUAUAGAUUGAUCCAUUGCCAUCUUUGUGUUGUCACCUCUGAGGAGAGCCAGAGACCAGUCCCAGCAUGUUUGAGAUGCAUUUGAGUUUGAACAGUGAGUGAGCGCUCCUUGCCAAGCAAGAAUGGUUGUAUUUCUAAUAGCUUGCUGGUGAAAGGUACUUGGUGAAACAUUUAAUUGAUUAAAAACUAAACAACAGUGGUGUAAGAAGAGUGAGGAAAUAGAUACUGUUGUACUGUAAAAAAACCCCAUACAAACCACAACCAGCCCCAUCCCCUCCCCUACAGGAACCCUGCAACACCAAAGAAUACAUUUCCUACUUAAGGGGCGUGGGGGAAAGUACCUUUUUUCUUGUUUGUUUGGCUUUUUUAAUAAAAAUUUGUAUGCUCAACAA